AUGAUGACGGUGAAUUGGGCUUUGGCUAUAUCUCUCUUGGGCUUAUUGGUGACUUCGUGGUAUUACGUGAACAUGCUGACGUUAACGCAGCAGCUGCAGCAGGCAAACACGUUGAACGCGAUGCAUGCAGAGUACUCGUCGUCAAAGACAUUAGAAGCCUUAGAAAUCCUCGAGGAGUUUAUCGAUGAACGCGGUGUUGUGAACUAUGCGUUCGACUUUUUAGAAUUGAGGAGGAAAAGGGAUGCAAAGGGUCGAGCCAUAGACCGCGCACGCCGCCAUCUGACGCAAUGGUUUUCUCGUGUUCAAUAUUUCUAUGAAUUCGGAUAUUUGAAACACGAAUACAUCUUGCGUUUCCCGGGCCCUGAGCGGAGCCGCCACUUCCUACACUUAAUUGAGCCCUUAGAGUUCAUUAGCCGAAGAGCGACUGGCAGAAAGCAUUCCGGUGUAUUCGACUUCCUCAGGGAAGUCUAUCAAAUGCCUCAUGUCCGCCUGUCCGACGAAUUCAGACAGACCGUUGAACAGAUGCUACCAGUUCAAGGAGAAGACCAAACAUCAGAGGCUAUACUCGACGACGUAGGCGAUGACCCACUUACGGAUACAGAUGACAGAAAAAGAGAGGAAAUGUAA